AUGCAUGAAGCAACCAUGAAGUUCAGCAAGAAAAGGAUCAAGAAAUCACUGCCCAUCAACCAUGAAUCACCUUUACUAGUACCUCAAAGAGAAGAGAAGAAAGAAGUGCAUGACUUCAAUGGAGGUUCAUUAACUGGUGCGGUGUUUAAUCUUUCAACAACUAUUAUUGGUGCUGGGAUCAUGGCAUUGCCUGCAACCAUGAAGGUGCUUGGACUUGGCCUUGGGAUUGGUUUGAUAGUGUUUGUUGCUGUACUCACUGACUGUUCUAUUGAGAUGCUUUUACGGUGUAGUAAAGCUGGAAAGGUGGAGUCUUUUGGUGGGGUCAUGGGCGAUACAUUUGGGAAUGUUGGGAGAAGGGUGCUUCAGAUUUUUGUGAUGCUUAACAAUGUUGGGGUCCUCAUUGUUUACAUGAUUAUCAUUGCUGAUGUGUUGUCUGGAACAUCUUCAAGUGGAGUUCAUCAUGCUGGUGUAUUGGAAGAAUGGUUCGGAAACCAAUGGUGGAAUGGGCGUACCUUUCUUCUUCUUUUCGUUACCAUUUUCAUAUUUUCUCCACUGGCAUGCUUCAAGCAUAUAGAUUCGUUGAGAUACACAUCUGCCCUAGCAGUUGCACUAGCAGUGGUUUUUCUCGUUAUUACUGCAGGAAUCACUGUGGUCAAAUUGGUCAGUGGAACUGUUAACAUGCCUAGGUUGCUUCCUAAUAUUAGUGAUAUUACUUCAUUCUGGAGCAUCUUCACUGUGGUUCCCAUUCUUGUUACGGCAUUUAUCUGUCAUUUCAAUGUAUGCCAAUUGCCUCUGGGGAUGGGGAGUGACAAGGCUUAUCUAGGCACUUCUUUCUAUUCUCCAAGGCCAGUUCAUACUAUUCAAAACGAGCUCGAAGACCCCUCUAUGAUACAUCCAGUUGUGCAGACUUCGUUAGCUCUAUGCUCAGCUGUGUAUAUAAUGACAAGCUUCUUCGGCUUCCUCCUAUUUGGUGACUCAAUUCUUGAUGAUGUGUUGGCCAACUUUGACACUGAACUUGGCAUACCUUACAGCUCUUUGCUCAAUGAUAUCAUUCGCAUUAGCUAUGCUUUGCAUCUCAUGCUUGUUUUCCCCGUGAUCUUCCAUCCGCUGCGCCUAAAUCUGGAUGGUCUUCUCUUUCCUUCAGCCACACCAUUGGUUUCAGAUAACCGUAGGUUUUCAUUGAUCAGCACAGCACUCAUUUCUCUCAUCUUCUUGGGUGCAAAUCUUAUACCCAACAUCUGGGUUGCUUUCCAGUUCACUGGAGCAACUUCUGCAGUUUGCCUAGGAUUUAUCUUUCCAGCUGCCAUUUCCUUAAGGGAUCCCCACGUAGUAGCAACAAAGAAGGAUAAGGUCAUGUCUGUCUUCAUGAUUUUCCUUGCUGUAUUCUCAAAUUUGGUGGCCAUAUAUAGUGAUGCUCGUGCUCUAUUCAGAAGAAACUCUUAG